UCCGGUGUCAUGGCGGCCGGAGCGCUGCGGCAGCCGGGCCCGGUGCCGGUGCCGGUCGCGCGGCAGCGGCGGGGCAGCUGCAGCGGCAGGGGGGCGAUGUGAGGCGGGACGGCGCCAUGUCGGGAUGCGUGUGGGGCGCGGCGCCGCUGCUGGAGGCGCUGGGCCGGCUGUGGGAGGUGCAGGCGCCGCUGGGCAGCGGCUCCUCGGCCUCCGUCUACCGGGUUCGCUGUUGCGGGGACCCGCGGGCCCCCCCCGGCGCCGUCAAGGAGUUCGUGCCGCCCCCGCCGCGGCCUGGCCCCGCUCGUCGCCCCGGCGCCCGCCCGCCCGCCGCCGACUGCGCCGAAUACGGCUUCCGCAAGGAGCGCGCCGCGCUCGAGCACCUUCGCGGGCACCGCAACAUCGUGACGCUGUACGGUGUGUUCACCAACCACUACUCUGCCAAUGGCCCGUCCCGCUGCCUGCUCCUGGAGCUGCUGGACAUCAGCGUGUCUGAGCUACUGCUGCACUCUAGCAACCAGGGCUGCUCCAUGUGGAUGAUCCAGCACUGCGCCCGAGAUGUUCUCGAAGCCCUGGCUUUCCUGCACCACAAAGGCUACGUGCAUGCAGACCUCAAGCCACGCAACAUCCUGUGGAGUGCAGAGGAGGAGUGUUUUAAGCUCAUUGACUUUGGACUUAGCUUCAAAGAGGGGAAUCAGGAUGUGAAAUAUAUUCAAACAGACGGGUAUCGGGCUCCAGAGGCAGAACUGCAGAACUGCCUGGCACAGGCAGGGCUCCAGAGUGAGACGGAGUGUACCUCUGCUGUAGAUCUGUGGAGUCUGGGAAUCGUUUUACUGGAAAUGUUCUCAGGAAUGAAACUGAAACAUACAGUCCAAUCUCAGGAAUGGAAGACAAACAGUUCUGCCAUCAUCGAUCGCAUAUUUGCUAGUGAAGGGGUUGUUAAUUCAGCCAUUCCAGCUUAUCACCUCAGAGACCUUAUCAAAAGCAUGCUUCAUUGUGACCAAGGAAAGCGAGCCUCCGCUGAGAAGGCUUUAUGCAGCCCGUUCUUCAGCAUUCCCUUCGCUCCUCAUAUUGAAGAUUUGGUGAUGCUCCCCACGCCUGUGCUGAGGCUGCUAAAUGUUCUAAGUGAUGCUUCUCUGCAGUGCGAAGAAGAAUAUGAAGAUAUCCUGGAAGACAUAAGGGAGGAGUGUCAGAAAUAUGGACCGGUAGUUUCCUUGCUUAUUCCAAAGGAGAAUCCUGGCAAAGGCCAAGUCUUUGUUGAAUAUGCAAAUGCUGGUGAUUCCAAAGCUGCCCAAAAAAUGCUGACUGGAAAGAUUUUUGAUGGCAAGUUUGUUGUGGCUACAUUUUACCCACUGAGUGCCUAUAAGAGAGGAUAUCUGUACCAAAACUUGCUGUAGGCAGUAGCAACAAUCAGGAGAGUUGUCUUGCUCCUCUUCCUCACAUGUUUUACAGUUGAAUGUAUGAAAGAGCUUCCUAGCCCUGCUUUUGAGUCAUCUGUGAAGGAGAGAUGCAAAGGACUUAAUUGGGCUUUGAAACUUUUAUUGCUGCUUUGUGAUGUGCAGAGGAGGCCAGGAUGGCUUUCAGCGUGUGCUUGUAUGUGUGUUGUGCUUGCUCGUUUACAUUGGGUAUGUGGCUUUGCCCUGGUGGGUGCUUGGAUAGCAGGAGUGGUGACUCUGGGAGGCCCAGCAGAUCUUGGCAAGCACUUUUAGGUGAUUUGAAGUGAGACCAUUGAAAGUCUUUGCCAUUGCAGUUGGCUUUGCUCUAGGGAGAGGAUUUCUUUGUUCAGCUUUCCUAUACCUGUGCUCUUCUCCAGUGCUGGAAAGGAGGAAGGAGGCUUCCUUUUUUUUUUGUUGGUACCUAUACUAAGUAAAGAAACAGAAGCACCAUCUUCUCCAAACCAAGAGGACUUUUGAGUCUUCACACCAUGUAGAGCUGAAGGAGGCAGUGAAAUCAGAUCUGCUGAGCCUACAGGUGUUACCCUGUCACCACCUUGUGACCUGAGAAGAAGAGCCAUCCAUCUGACCUGGCACAGAUGGCACGCUAGGCAGUGAGAUGUAGAUGAUGGUGCCUGCAGUGAGCUGAAUUUUCUUGUAUCCCUGGGAUGGAUGGGGACUAAUGGUGAAUGGAUACAUGUCAUUACUGCAGUGCCAGACUCAGUCUUGACACAACCUGUAAUCACUUUGUAGCUUGAGGUGAUGUGAAAACCUUUGUCAUAUAGAGUCAUCUUUGUAGCAUGUACCCUGAUGCUCCCUAGCUCUGAUGCCAAAUCGCCUGUAGUACAUGAGUGUCUUUAGGUGAUACUUUUGGAAAGGAGUUCUACAGCACGCAGUAUUCUCUGUGUCUCAGCAUGACUCCUGCCCUGUGAGUCUUGUAAGAAAGAGCAAACAUUUGUCUGUCUUGGCUUCAUGCUUGGCUUUUCUGUGUUGUGUGGGUUUGGUUUUGCAUUAACCCAUUAGGCUUCUAGAUUAGAAGCACUGACACUUUUGGUCCUUCAUGGGUUACACAAAGGGCCUGAGACAAUCUGAAAUCCUGUGUGGAAAGGGCUCUGUCAUUCAUCAGACUUGGUCUUUCCCAGUGUCAGGGACAACAGUCAGAUGUUUCUGGUGAGCAGUAUCACUGCUUCCCCCCAGAGCAUGUUGUUUGCUUGUGUGACUUCAGCAUGCAGACGGAAGCUCGUUUGUUUAGCUGCCACCAUGAGCUGGGUGGUGGCUGUUUCCCAGGGGUGUGUAAACCUGUACACCCAGUGGAGCCUCUCCCUGCAGAGGUGAGCACUUUGCUCCUGGCAAGUACAGUGUGGAACAGCCCUGUUUAAAGGAGGGCAGCAUAUUCUGGCUUAUCCCUGGUACCAGUUUAGUGAGGAGGAGAGCCCUUGUGAAUUCUUUUUCUCCAGCAGCUGCCCAGACCACCUCUGACCUUCCCUGGAAUAAUACCUUGAAUUACCUUGCAGUUUACUUUUUACAUCAUGCUGAUGCUGGACUUGCUGGAAUGCUGCACUUAGAAGUUCCUCUUGAUUUUUGCCCCAUGCAUAUAUGUGCAGUGGGUCAGGAGAUCCAAUGUCUGUAGUACUUCACGAGUCUGAGUUCUUCUCUGUGCUGGUGUAGAGCCCUCUCUACUGUGGCUGUUCCAAACUUUCCCCAGAAAGGACCAAUCUCUUUGAAUUUUUCUGUUGCCUUGAAGGUGGUAGCUUUUCCAGGGUUAAAAAAAUAAUCCCAGAAUGAGUUUUAAGGUGUGAUUUGCUGCUGAGACUUUUCCUGGGAAUGAUGCUGCUCUGGUAUACGUAGCUGUAAGGCAGCUUUGCAUAGAUGGAGUGUGUGAUUCAUUGCUUCUAAUUAAGCUGUCCUUGCAGUGAAGCACCUUUAGUGUCUGAGAGGAAUCAGAUGAUUAACAGGGUGAGAGUUUUUCCUAUGUGAAGAGGGUGUUUAAAGUAGUCUUAAGUAUUGAUAGCUAUCAACUGACCUCCUCAGCUCUGAGUUCUUGCUGUCCCUGAGGGGCUGAGCUGGGAUGAAAGCACUGGCCCAAAAAUUCACAUUUUAAAUGCCAUCAUAUCAGCAGUGCUAAGGUGACUGCAUGCAUGCCUGUGAGCAGGCAGCAGCAGACCAAAGAGCACCUGCCCCACUGGCUGCCAGCCUGCAUGUGGACACAAGGAGCUCUGCUGGGUGCAGAGUAUAUGAGAUCUGUCACCUACAGUGUGGACAUGCCAAGGUGCAGGACUUAACUGCAUUUAAGUUCUCACAUGUGUUUUUCUAGGACUGUGAGCAGCUCUAUCAUCUUUCAAGCAUAUCUUUCAGUUAAGAGUUACUCUUUGGAUUUGCAACUAAGCUAGAGAGCUGUGCCAGGACUAAUCUUUAGAGAGAAGAUGCAACCUGUUCCUGCAGCAUGGUAGAGCUGUGCCCCCAGAGUCUGGCUGGGGUUUUGUUCAACUGCUUUAGUAGGAGCUAAAUAAAUCUUCAAGAUGCAAUCUCCUGCUACCAGAUUUUUCUCUCCAGAUGCUCAUUGACCAGGCUUGAGCACUGGGCUUGUGAAAAAGGAAACCCCAAAGCUGCUUUAAAAAAAAAAUCCUCUUGGCAAAAGUUGAAGAUGCUGAUCUCCUGUCCUUUCACUGGAUCCAGUCCCAGCUUCCCUCUACAGGCUGCGGACAAGGAGGUUUAGAAGCACCUCAGAGCAGAAGCAUUUUAUCAUUGUCCCUCCCCCUCUGCCUUCAAAGCCUUUUUCUGUCAAGCUGAAGCUCACUCUGAAGUGUCCCAGUGAUCUGUUGGUGGCUUGGCAUAAGUUUCAGCCCUGCUAAAACCUUCUUAGCUCUAGAUCUGAAGUGCGCGUGGUGAUUGAAUCCAAGGCAUCUGUUGUGGUGUGUGCUUGGAUGGGCCUGGCUCUCCUCACUUCUGAAUUACUGCCUGCUUGAGUUGCAGAAGUGCUGAGGCUUUUCACAUGGAUGCUUGCAGUAUCUUGGUCUGUGCUGCUGACACAGCUUCCUCCUCAACUAGCCGUUUGUGUAGCACAAACCUAUUUAGUCCUAGCCAGGAGACAGCUGGAUAUGAAAAACAGCAGGCUGUGUUUGAGGGAAAGAUCUGCUGUGAGGGGGAAAGGGCAGUCAGCCCUCCUCUCCAGGGAGAGGCAGCCCAAAGGACUGUGUCUCCUUGGAGCACAUGUGUGAACGUUGGUGCUCAGCUGUCCCUUAGUGGUGUCAGGGUUUCAUAGCUGAUCUGCGAAGGAAAUGUCACUGCCACUUGAAGAAUGGCUGUCCUUCCUCUGCCACUGAUGUCUCUGUGGAAGCAGCAAGGGAGAAAGUUCCUUGCACUUCCACCUAUUUAUUACACGCAAGGAGGGUAACUGGGUUUUGAACCAGUGCCGAAGCACAAGUCAGCUCUGAUCUUAGUCGUAUUCUUGGUGUUCUUGUCACUGGCUUCUAGCCUCCGAACAACAGCAUAGCCUGAGCACCGUAUUGCACCCAGGUUGUCUUUCCAGAGCGUUCUGUACGCUUCUCCCGCUGCGCCGGAUCCUGUAACCAUGUGCCUCCUCCCUUCGGGUUAGAUGUCAACUGUUGUAUCACGUCACGCACCGUUGCUGAGCAGAUGUGUGCUUGAUCCAGGUGAUUAUUAAACGAUGCUUCAGUACA